CAGCAGCAGCAGCAGCAGCAGCGCGUGAGCUCACUCAGUGUCCUCUGAGCCGCGAGAAGGGAAGGUGCUGUGUAACUUUCAGUGGUGCUUGGUCGCCGCCCCCCAACGCCCACCUUGCCACCCGUGUUCCCAGCCCAUGCCGUGAACCAUGGCGAGCGCUAAGUCCGGCGUGCAUGUGCUCAAACUCAAGCACAUCACUGUGCCGCAGCAGCUUCAGGAUGGGGACAAGUUCGUCAAAUGGGAAGAGCACCAGCACCACCAUCACCACCACCACCACCACCACAACCUCCACCACCACAACCACCUACAGCACGACCAUUUCUACCAAGACAGUUCUGCUGGGAUUCCCGUCACUCUCAAGGUGGACCCCCAGGGCUUCUACCUCUAUUGGAAGAACAGCAGCAACGCAGACGCGGAGACCGAGGUGCUGGACAUAAUGACUAUCAGAGACACGCGCAGAGACAAGUUUGCUAAAGUCCCCAAGGACCCAAAGCUAACUCUUCGUGGCGGCGGCUCCACUGAGUUGAUGGAGCCCAAGUGUUUGACAAUAGUGCACGGAAACAGUUUCGUCGAUGUGAGUUUCUGCAACUUCAUAGCACAGAAGCCCGAGAUUGCCAAGCUCUGGGCGGACGAGAUCUUGAGAAUGGCCUACAAUUUGGUGGCCAUCAACGCCUCGCCCAUCACCUUCCUCAACAAAGCGUACACGAGACUCAAGCUUGCAACGGAUAGAAAUAACAAAAUCUCUGUCAAAAAUAUUAUCAAGCUCUUCGCACGCCACGGGGAUGACAGAAAGAAGGUAGAGACUGCCCUGGAUGCCGCUGGUGUGCCUUCAGGAAAAAACGACACAGUGUCCACAGAAAAGUUCACAUGGGAGAUGUUCCUUCAGUUCUACCACAAGCUGACCAACAGGCUGGAGGUGGAGCGAGUCUUCUGCUCUCUCACAGACCAGGAGUACAAUCCUGACCCAAAGUUCCGGCCCAGGGGGAUGAACAUUGAGCAGCUGGUGAAGUUUCUGAAUGAGGAACAGAGAGACCCACGCCUCAAUGAGAUUCUGUACCCUUAUGCUGAUGCUGCCAAGGCCAAGGAGGUGAUCCGAGACUAUGAACCAGCCAAGGAGAAUAUUGCUAAGAAUGUGUUGAGCAUCGAGGGAUUCCUUAAGUACCUGAUGUCAGACGAGAACACUGUGAUUUCUAUGGAGAUGGCAGACCAGUACGCCGACAUGGAGCAGCCUCUCUCACACUACUUCAUCAACUCAUCCCACAACACAUACCUCACAGGCCACCAGUUCACGGGCAAGGCCUCAAUAGAGAUGUACAGGCAGUGUCUCCUGGCCGGCUGCCGCUGUGUGGAGCUGGACUUCUGGAAUGGCAAGCUAGAGGAGCCUGUCAUUGUCCACGGCUUCACUCUCGUGCCAGAAAUCAGUGCCAAGGAUGUGAUAGAAAGUAUUGCCGAGUCUGCCUUCAAGACCUCUGACUGGCCUGUGAUUCUGUCCUUUGAGAACCAUUGCAACCCUCGCCAGCAGGCCAAGAUUGCCAACUACUGCAGAGAGUUCUUUGGCGACAUGUUGCUGGACUCUCCACUGGAUAACUUCCCUCUGGAGGCCGGUGUUCCUCUGCCAAGCCCAAAGGUCUUGAAACGUAAAAUCAUCAUCAAGAACAAGAAGAAGCACCGUACACACCACCACACCAAAGUGAACACACAGCCCAGCCACUCCCAGUUCCACGUGGAUCUGAACCCCAUCACACAGCCAAGGCCCACAGAGAUGCAGGGCAACGGUGAGAUCCCCAGACCUCUAAUGGAGAAGGAAGGCUCCAGGGAUUCCUCAGAGGAAGAGAAUGAAGUAGCUAAUGCUUUUCCUCACCUGGCCAGGCUGAUAGGAGAAAUACCGGACGGAGGAGGAGGAGAGGAUGUGGAGAGUUCCAGCUCAGACGAGGAGAAUCCACUCACACUGGACGACAUACAAGAGCAGGGAUCCACCAAUCCUGAGCAAGGAGGGGAUGCAGAAGAGGAAGCUGGAGCAGAAAUAUCAGCUCUAGUCAAUUACGUUCAGCCAGUUCACUUCCACUCCUUUGAGGCAUCCGAAAAGAGAAACAAGAGCUAUGAAAUGUCAUCCUUUGUUGAAACACAGGCCAGCAACCUUCUAAAGGAGUCCCCAAUUGAGUUCGUCAACUACAACAAGCGACAGUUGUCUCGAGUGUACCCCAGAGGAACUCGAGUCGACUCCUCCAACUUCCUCCCUCACCAAUUCUGGAAUGCUGGGUGUCAGCUGGUGGCCCUCAACUACCAGAGCCUUGAUCUGGCCAUGCAGUUGAACCUUGGCAUCUUUGAGUUCAAUUGCCGGUCAGGAUACUUACUGAAGCCUGACUUCAUGAGGAGACCUGACAGAAGGUUUGAUCCCUUUGCUGAGGCCACCGUGGACGGCAUCAUUGCUGGCACUGUGUCUGUUAAGGUUAUAUCAGGGCAGUUUCUGUCUGACAAGCGGUGUGGCUGCUACAUUGAGGUGGAGAUGUAUGGGUUGCCGGCAGACACUGUGCGUAAGAAGUUCAAAACCAAGAUUGUGCAAAACAACUGUAUAAAUCCAGUGUGGGACGAGGAAACAUUUGUAUUUGAGAAGGUGGUGUUGCCUGAGUUGGCCACGCUGAGGAUAGUGGCAUAUGAGGAGGGUGGCAGGGCGAGUUUAGGCCACAGAGUGCUGCCUAUCGUUGGCCUCAGACCGGGCUACAAACACAUCACGCUGCGGAAUGAGGCCAGCCAGCCACUGGGCAUCUCAACACUCUUCUUAUAUGUCAAGGUUGGGGAUUAUGUGCCACGCAGUCUCAUUGACCUUGCUGAGGCCUUGGCGAACCCUAUCAAGUACGUGAGUGAGAUGGACAAGAGGGCAAAGCAACUGGAAGUGUUUGAUGAUGAUGAAGACACAGAGCGGGAGGGUGGAGACAAGGAUGUUCCAGAGGCGCCUAGCAAACAGCGCGAUUCCUUCAGGAUGAGUCAGGGGGCUGGCGGGGAUAGCUCUCUGGGCACUGGGGAGGAUGGGCAGAAAGGAGCGGCCAGAACCAAGAGUAACGGGGAGGUUCCUGACAGCACCAGUACGCGUGAGAGCACACCACUCGGCCCACGUCGCGAGAACUCUAUCACACCCAGGGUUCCCUUAAAGCAAAGUGAAGACAAGCCUGACCGGGAUAAGGAGGGUUCUCUGACUCUCCUAGAAACAAGCAAAUUACUCAAUGAACCAGAGACAUUAGAAAAACUUUGGGCCCAUAAAACUGUCAGAGAGAAAAAAAUUGAGCUUGAGAAGAAUCUGGAGAAGUUGAAGAAGAAAUAUGAAAAGGAGCGACAAACUCUUGAACAACAGCAGCAGAAGAAAAAAAGUCAGCUUCAAAAGUCUCAUUCAAAACUCGUCAAAAAAUAUUCAUCUGGAAAAGCCACGGACACUGUGGGGCUGGUGAAGAGGGAAAGCUCCCAGGAGUUUGGCAUGAUACAAGAGGAGCUGGACAGCCGCCUACAGGAGCUGGAUAAGGCACACCAAGCAACCCUUAAUGAGCUUGGCCAGGCUCUCAUUAUCAACGAGAAGAAAUUGCAGGAAAAGUACCAUGAACCUAUAUUCACUGCCCUGGAGAAAGUGAUGAGGCUGUCCCAGUCAGCACAGCUCAAAGCCUUACAGAAUCUGCACGACAAGCAGGUGGAUGAAAUCAAGCACCAAACAGAGGAGCAGCUCAGGGAGAAGAGGAAACGCCUUGACAAGUCCUUAUUUGACAAGGAGGAAUUCAACAGGAAAAAACGAGAAAUUAGCAAAGAGGUAGUGGAGAAAGGUAUCAAGGAGAGACAGCAACUAACAGACAUCCAUGACAAGAAAAAGUUGGAAUUGGAGAAGCAACACGAAGACAUCCGGAAUCAGUUUGAGGAGGAGAGGUCAAAGGCGAGAACAGCCAUCGAUACUGAACAUGACGAGAGGCUACGAAAGUUCAUGGAGACCCAGACAUUAUAGGUCUCUUUGGAAGAUAAGAUAACAGAGGCUGCUCGUUCCAGUGUUACGGCAAUUGAUCUGCCGGCUGCCGAGCAGUCACAGCCCAUCAGCCUGUUAUCAGUUGGAGCCUUUGGUUGGGCAGACGACAGGUGUGUGGAGCACCAAGCCUACACAGAUCCUGCCACACACCUGCUCUGUCAGCUGAGUAACACACCCCCGAGGAUGUCUGUCUGUGACCCUCCCUCCUGGGGACUGGAGUUCAGAAGCUUUAUGUAUGUGGGUCUUCAAUACUAGUCACUGUCUAGAGGAAAUCACUAGCACUACCCAUGUAAACCAUGUGUUUAGGAUUCAUGUAAGUGUGGGUGUAUUAUGUACAGUGUAAUUCCGAUGAGAGUUUUUAUAUUUGCUGUAAACUAGAAACUUGACAUUAGAAGCUGACUAAAGUUAAACACUUGCUUUGAAUGUUUUGGGGUUGAAAUCUGGGUGAAUGUUAUGACCGUUGGUCAUAAGGAGAUAGAUUAGAGUGCUUGACCCUAGAACUGCCAACAGACUCGCUUUCAGUGCAAAGGACGACGCUUUCCUUGUUUUGAGUGAAGUGUAACACUGAAGCCACUCUUUUCAUUCUUAUAAGUUUAUAAAGCUUUUCAUAGGUUUAGGUUUUAGUUGACUUUUUCUUUUCUUUUUGUUUCAUUUGUUUUUUAAUGUUUACAUACUCAAGUGUAGUAUGUAACCAUUUUGACACUUAACUCUUUAUAGCAACCCUUUGCAAAUAUGUACAUUUGAAGCUUUUAAAUAUCACAAGCGUUCAGUGUGAUGGAUACUUCUACUUUCCGUGUAUUGUUCAUCCAUCAUUGAUAAUGUUUUCUACCAAGCAGGAUGUGUAGUGGUGUGAGUCAACACAGCACUCGCUGAUGACUCAAAGUGGAAAAGUUAGACUUGUAGCAUAAUCUUAUAGAGAAUAGCUGAGUUUUUCAAUAAUCCUUGUCCUGAAAACUUGCAAGCCCUGUGUCAUGGGGUGAGUGCCAACAGUGCAGUGCUGUGUGCCAUGAAGAGUAAUCUUUUGUAUAGUUCUCUUUCUUGACUUGGGUACAGUGGCAGAGGGUCUUGUCAUAGAUUAUUGAAGCCCUUGAAAAUACAGUGUGACUUUUAAGAGUUGCAAAUAGAGGCUGUAUGAGACAUUUAGAACAGGCAAUCAGCAAUAUUUAUUAAGCCUUUGCUGUCAUAUAACUGUUGAUUUGCUGUUAACUCAGUGCUGUUCCAAAAUCAUCAGUGCAAGAACUGCUUUUCCCUCAUGCAAUGCCGGUGUCCUCACUCACUCAUGGACAGUGUGUGUUCCUCAUCUGUAAAUAAGGAUCUAUUCAUUAUGCAUGGUAAUCCACAAAGAUGUGUACAAUGUCCCGUUUCCUCCGACGGUUCUUUCCAAGGGUUGGCUGCUGCAGAUCUUUUGUCCCUCCCUAACUUCACACUUCCUAUAUUCUCAUUGUUUCCUUAUCUCUUUCAAUUCAGAUUUUGCAUCCACUCUGUGUUUCAUCUUACCUUGCUAUUACAUACGUUAUAAGCUGAACAGUACAUAGACUAGAAUACUCGCUCACACAUUUCUUGUUUCAUCUUCUCAUUCCUUGCAUAAUGUUUCCCCAUACAUUACUCUAUUCAGGCUCUUUAAUAGAAAUUAAUUUUAAAUACCACAAUAUUCAAAUGACAUAUCGUAGCAUGCAUACCCACCCUUACACUCUUGCCAAGUGUAUCCAUGUUCUUCCACUCAAGGUGCAAAUACACUUCCCUCCCUAUCAAUGACUCCAAUGGUUUGUUCUUGCUACCUUUAACAUCUCAUAAGUGACUCAUCUUUCUCAGUUUGCCGAUGAACUCUUCCUAGUCACCUUGACAUCAAAUAUGCAUUUUUCCAAUUUUGAAAUAUGCAAAUUUUCCUUACACAAAGAAUACAUGCUUUGUUUAUUCCAUUAGUAUUCAAAGCACCCACGUUAUUUUAUAUAUUUUUUCCUUCAUCAUUGCUACCAAGUCCUUCUCUUUUCCCUUUUCUUCUUUUUUCCACUCCUAAAGGUGACUACUGCCAGCAAGCAAAGAUUGUUCAAGCAGGGACAGUGGGCUGCCUUCCUGUCUGUUUGUCUGUGUGUAACUCUCCAAAAGCAUCUCUUGAUAUUACAGUGCUCUCAUUCUACUGAAAGACUAUGAGCAUAUACAUAUAGUACUGUGAUGUGAACAAGUGAGCUGUCUCAUCACCCUGGGCAGUGGGCAGUCUGUUGAGCCGUCAGCACAGGACAGGCACACACUGCUCACCCAUAUUGUUUUCUUCAUCUGUGGAUGCACACACACACACACACACACACACACACACACACACACACACACACACACACACACACACACACACACACACACACACGUCUGGAGAUAAUUGUUAUCAGAUAGUAGUCAGUUAAAUUAUGAUGUGAUGUAUUGAAGAUUCUAUUAGGCAAAAACACAUUUCAGAGUUCUGAGCAGUUCUAGGGUUGAGAGAGAGAGAGAGAGAGAGAGAGAGAGAGAGAGAGAGAGAGAGAGAGAGAUGGGUAUCUCUUAUUAUUUUAUUUUUUAUUGAAAUAUGCUAUUUAUUUAUAAGGUGUUAGCUCUCCCAUCAAGUCCUCUGCUACGAUAGGUUACAGUAAAGGUUAUACAUAUGCACAUUACCUUCAGUAUUUAAGAAUUGAGUGUGUCAAGAGGAGUGGUGGGUAUGUUUUGUAUGAUAUUGGUUCGUUUCUGUACAUUUAUAACCACAUGGUACAGAAUUGUUACUUGGUACCAUUCUUAUGUUGUAAAUGACAGUGUAAUUCAUAAAGCAAUUUAAUUUUUAAGUACAGGGUUACGGAGAUACCAUAGAAUCUGUUCAGAUAGUUUAUGCAGUGAUGAAAAAUGGUUUUGGCUGCUUCCAUUAUUAUUAUUAUUAGGAACUGCAUAUAAAUUUUAUGCUACUUUAAGCACUCACCUCCAAGAUUGAAAUGUCAUGCUCUUGUUCAUAGUGUUAUAUAUUCUGUUACAUAUAGUACAUAAAGUUUAUUGUUUGGAGAGGAACAAAGUUGUAAGCAGUCAUUAAUAUUGUCAUUAAUGUUGUUGAGAAUUGUACCUGUAUAGUAAAUCCAUUCAGUUUUUAAUAUAAAUCCAAUGAUUUAUAUCAGUAAUAAUAUAGAUGCAAGUGUCUAUGGUAAUUGUACUAGGCAUUUUAAAUGUAAAAGUGUUAAGAGGCUGCAUUCGACAAUUUUUCUCUUGACUACACUCUACUCACAAUGUUUUCUGUCAUGCUCAAAGUGUUUGUGAAGCUCCGAGUCACACGCCACACACUCCUCACCUCCUCUGUGGGUAUGAGCCAGAGACGCACCAAUAUUUGUGUUGUGGAAACUGUACAGACCACAAGAACAAGCCAACAUAAACCAUUGUAUGUCAAGGAUGUAGUAAAUGUGCUCUUUGUUGAUGGAAACUUAAUUGUUUGCUCUGCUGUCAUCAUGGGAAAAUUUGAUGAAGGCAGUUUAUUUAUGCUGACAGAUUAAUGUAUGCUUUUAUACCUAUAUGUACAUUCUCUGAAAAAAAAAGCCAAAAAAUACAGUGUACAAUGGAUCAUGAAACUGACAGAACUAUAGCAAGAAUUUAGAUGAUGCAAGUGUGUGUGUGUGUAUGUGUGAGUGUGUGUGUUGAGUCUCCUCUGUGUUGGCUGUUUCCGAAGCUUCACUUCCAUUAGUGCUGUCGUGGUUCUCCCAGAGCAGGUGUGAUUCAUUGGGACAAAAUGUUUAGUUACCAUGAUGCUGUAUUGGACCACAAACAAAAGUGAACUGGUCAUCUCUUAUUUCAAUUGAAUGUAACUACUUCAAAUUGACUUUUUUUAGGUGUGUGUGUGUGUGUGUGUGUGUGUGUGUGUGUGUGUUUGUUUGUGUUUUCUCUCUCUCUCUCUCUCUCUCUCUCUCUCUCUCUCUCUCUCUCUCUCUCUCUCUCUCUCUCUCUCUCUCUCUCUCUCUCUCUCUCUCUCUCUCAUACUUUUUAUCACAGAAUUUACACACCAUGACUAUUUUUCUAUUCAUUUAUAUCAACAGCAAGUUUUGGUAGCAAACUUCCUAAAGAACCCAAGACACACACACUCUCACCAAGAAACCAUGCUAUAUUUCCUACAACCCUUCGGUGUUAUGCUUGGUGUAUGUCUCUCCUCAUUUUUCCCUCCUUUUUUUUUCACCUCUCUCUCUCUUUUUUCUCGAAUGCAGCCCAAAUAAUUCUAUGCAGAUGUAGUCUCAACUUGUUUCUACUUGCCUUUCUAUUCUUGAAGGGAAGCUCUGCCUUAAUGUGAAGGUGAACGGAGAGAGCAUUCCAGUGGACAGCAACACGAGGCCCCACCAUCAACUGCACCAACAGAAAAUACUAUACCAUAGGAGCUCAUUCUUCAUACUUUAUUUUCUCAAUGUGUUAAUGAUUGAAGAGUGCAAUGUCUGUAUACAAAUUGUGUAUGGGUAAAAUUUAAGCCACUUCACCGUAUAUGUGUAUAGCAUUGUAGUUUGUUUAUUUCCCCCCCUGAGAAUCAUUCCUUAUUUUCAUCUUUUCAUGAUCAUGCAGCUCACCAUUACAGUGACUCAAAUCUCCCACCAUAACUGGCUAGAAUCAGGCCUCCCACAUAUACCCAAAAUAUUCACAUAUAUAAAUGUACUGUUGAUUCCUUUCCUCUCACGUUUCAUGACUUUGUAGUGGAUUGGUGAGUGCGUGGGGAGUCCUGAGCUGGUGGUCAUGGUGGAUGGGACAAGCCAGUGCUUCAUACUGUUCAUGUUGUAUUCUCAGUGGAUGAAAUCUUUGUUAGUGUUAUUUCAGGCAGUGAACAAAUUCUUCCUUUGUUCACCAAGAUGGACCAGUAGGGAACAAUUUCCUUUGUAGAAUUUCUAAUUGAUUUCUGGCAGUGUGUCAUUAAGUUUGUUAUCAUUUUGUGUAUCUUCAUUUCACUUAGUUCAUUGAACCUUCAGAGAGUACCACAUGCAAGUCAAUGUGUAGCUGACUUUUUCCUGCAAAUAUUCUUAUUCAUAUGUACAAUUUUGCAAUUUUUGGAAACUUGUGAUAGCAUUGCCAAUGUUGGAAUUUUCUAGGGGGGCAUCAUUCAUCUCAUACAAGUUCCCAUCCUUGUUGAAAUUGUAGACAUUUAAUUUUAUUCCAAAUAUAUUUAAGAUGGUUGCUAAUUUUAGUGUUAUUGAUCAUUCAGAAUUAGUUUUGAGAGCUCUAGUGUAGAUUCUUACAUCAUCAGUAUCAUUGUUAUUUUGUUCAGUUUGUUCUACCUUAUUCCAUGGUCACAAACCUUGACAUGAUUUUUGGCAUGUUUUUAAGUCUAAAACACUAGUUAUUUAUUGCUUUCCAUUUUUGUAAAUAUUUGCAUAUCACUUAUGUUCUCCCAGUCAUCAGUAUAAAUCAUUCACAUGCCACAUUUUCACUUAUUGUUUUCUUUCCUUUUUACAUUGCAAUUCAUGAGAAAAUGUUACUUCAGUUGUAUAUUCUGUAUUUGUUACUGUGGUAAUAGAGAGUUGGCAGAGGCUCACAGUCUGUGUAUAGCAGUUACCUUAUAGAUAAGUUGAAUAACAGAUUCAGGGAAUGCUUGCGUGUUUUGCCGUGUUGGAGAUGUACCUCUCACAUCUGGUUACAUUGGAUCUGACUGGCCCUCUUCAUCCUAGCCACUUCCUGUCAAUGUAACUGAUCUCUUGCCACGUUGAUGCAUCAAUCCCGUAGGUGAUGAGUGGUGGCAUCCUGAACCUCAUUCCCAAACAAUCAUCUGGUUUGGAUUGAAAAUCUUUCCUCAGAUGUGUCUCACCAAAACUUGCUCCAGGCAGCUUCGGGUUUGGUGGUGCGUUCCCGGCACAUCCCACAUUAGACCCGUGAGCUUGUCGCUGGAGUGCUGGCGCUCACAAUGUCGGAAAACGAUAAUACGCAACUGUGUGUAAAGCAGCACAAAGAUUUGCUCAUUCACUCCCGUCAAAAAGCAGUGAGGUUGUUCAGCAGUGUGACAUUGUGUGGGUUUGCAUCACCAGACUGACCUAGUGCAGGACUCCUUAGCUGGAGGGAUGGUGGGGCUGGGGAGUCCCCACCAGGGACAUCCUCAAUGUGACUAUUAGAAUUCAUUCAUUUUUAUAGAAGAAAUCUUAAAGUCAUCCAUUAUUUGAAGUCAGCUGUGUAUAAUAGAUGUCAUACAUCUCUCUGCCCAUACAUAUGAGAACUAUUCUAUGAUGGAGUAUUAGUGUUAAUAUAUUGCAGAUUCUAUCCCACAUAUCUCAAACUUCAUUCAUUAUAUGUGUAUGAUAUAGGUCAGGUCAGAACCUUGAAUAAAUAAUUUCCAGAAUACAUGGUUGCCUGAAAUCAUCUUGUCCAAGUUCUAUUUAUGUGUUCACAAUUAUAAAACAAGAGAGAUAGCAAAUUGUUGACAAUGUGAAAGCUCAGGUUGCAUCAUACAGUGUUGCAUCUCAUUUUGUACAUAAAUACUGCAAUUGGCCAGAUUCAUUUUGCUUCUCUCUGUCUACUGACUCCAGAUGAUUGUUAAUAAGGUGUGAAAAGUGUAGACAGCAAUAAAAAUGAGUUUCUGUAGUCUUUUAGGCUCAUCACCACAAUGGAGCCUUUUCAGUGAGAGAUUAUUGUUGAAUUGGAAACUAAUAAGUUGUGUUGUUUUGCCUCCUCUUUGUUCUUUGUUGUCAAUGUGUAGACCAGCAACAAGCCAGAUACUUCCCUUUGGUAGACAUUAAGUUAAUGGACCAGUGAAUCACUGAAAUGUAUACACACACACACACACACACACACACACACACACACACACACACACACACACACACACACACACACUCUGAGUUACCUAAAAACUUAGCACCUUGCUAGGCACAUAGUUGCUUCUUAAGGGGUAUGUGAUUCAUUUAUUGUUACAACACACACACACACACACACACACACACACACACAUAACUAAGAACUUAGAAUGUCCCCAAAGUUUGAAGCCAUAUUGAUGUAUUAACCUGCAGCCAAGUGCAUAAGACAUUCUUGUUCCUUUAAGAGCUGAUUGGAAAUGUGCCUGGUAGGGUGGUGGAAGGCAUAGGCCACAUGGAAUGUCAAGGUUGGUGUAUCAUGAUCCUUAGCUAACUGGUUUCCAAGAAAAGCUUAAAGAGAUAAAGGUUUAGGGCAUUACUGUCAGACGAGGAGUGGGUGAUGAAGUGUAUAAUUUCCCUAAAAUUGGAGUACAUCAUAUUCAUCUUUCAAGUGCAUUAUCUAACCAUAUUUUUGCAAAACCUUGAAGCAACACAUUGUACCAAUAUAUGUUGUCCUUUGUACAAAUGCACAAUUUUUUGUACAGCAUCUGCAUGAAUAGAAUUUCAUGAAGGUGCUUCCUUUAUACAUACAUAUACAGAUAUUUACCCGAAUUUAUAAAGAAUAUACUGUCACAAGUCGAGGCGGAAGGAGCGGUUGUGAAGGCGCUUGGUCAACAUGACUGUCUUGAGGCACAACCACCAUUAAAGUGCUGCAUUCAUA